CCUGAAAUGGCUCCGCAGCAACAAGUUCCCCAGGAAAUUGCGUACAGCCCACUGGUCGCGUUCGGGGCCUGCUCCGUCCCCGGUCACACCGAUCCGAGCAGACACUUAACCAGUCCAUUAGUACAACCAAGGAGAUAGCAGACUGCAGAUGCUGGAAUGUGGAGCAAAAUACAAACCUCUGGAAGAACUCAUUGGGUCGAUCAGCAUCUGUGAAGGCAAAGGGAUAGUAGACGGUUCGGGUCGAGACUCUGCAUCAGGAUUGAGAGUGCAGAGGGGAGAUGACCAGUAUAAAGGGGUGAGGCAGGGGCUGGCAGGCGAUAGGUGGAACCAGCUUGAUGAAGGUUUACAACAUUGACCUCAUGCAUCUAUUGUGACAACGUGACUCACUAGCAUGUUCCAUCAUCACUGUAGAAGAAAUCCAGAACUGCAGCAAGAACUGCAAAUCCAAAAUGCUGUUGCAGCUGGCGAUGUUCAUACUGUGCGCAAGAUGUUGGAGCAAGGCUAUUCUCCUAAUGGUCGAGAUGCUAAUGGAUGGACACUACUCCAUUUCUCUGCAGCUAGAGGCAAGGAAAGAUGUGUUCGAGUGUUUUUAGAGCACGGAGCUGAUCCCACUGUUAAAGAUUUAAUUGGAGGCUUCACUGCUUUGCAUUAUGCAGCCAUGCAUGGCCGAGCACGGAUUGCACGGUUGAUGUUGGAAUCCGAACACAGACCUGAUAUUAUUAAUGCUAAAAGCAAUGACGGAUGGACUCCUCUCCAUGUGGCUGCCCAUUAUGGCAGGGACUCGUUUGUCAAACUUUUGCUGGAAUUUAAAGCUGAAGUUGACCCACUCAGCGACAAAGGCACGACACCACUUCAGUUGGCCAUUAUCAGAGAACGUUCGAGCUGCGUGAAAAUCCUUUUGGACCACAAUGCCAACAUUGAUAUUCAGAAUGGUUUCCUGUUGCGAUAUGCAGUGAUCAAAAGCAAUCACUCGUACUGUCGAAUGUUCCUUCAAAGAGGGGCAGACACAAAUCUUGGGCGGUUGGAGGAUGGACAAACCCCAUUACAUUUAUCUGCGCUGAAAGAUGAUGUGCUUUGUGCAAGGAUGUUACAUAACUAUGGUGCAGAUUGUAAUACGAGGAACUAUGAGGGACAGACGCCACUGGCUGUCUCUGUUAGUCUAUCUGGAACUAGCAGACCCUGCCUGGAUUUCUUGCAGGAAGUUACAAGACAGCCUAGAAAUUUACAGGAUCUGUGCCGAAUUAAAAUCCGACAAUGUAUAGGCUUGCAGAAUUUGAAAGGACUGGAGUCACUCCCUCUUGCAAAAGUUAUGAAAGACUAUUUGAAGCACAAGUUUGAUGACAUCUGAAUGUUAAAAUUUGAAGUCUUGAGGGUUUGCAGUAGGCACGGCCUUGCCCCAAGUACAUUCUAUGCAAUUCCCAAUUUGAUGAAAUUUAAAAUCAAUGCGGGUGUCCGUACCUCUCUGAAUUUAAGAAUUUAUUUGUCAUAAUAGGUCCACUCCAGGAGAAUCUGUGUUCACUUCCAAACAAAAGUUCUGAACUAACAUACUUAACUGUUUGAUUUGGCAAAAUUCAAAAAAUUCAUUAUUUCCUCCCUUCCAAUUUGACCUUUUUAGCAAAUGCUCAUUGUUUUAACAUAUUAAUGAUAAAAAUUACUCAACUGGAACAAGUGACAUUUGAAUGAUAGUGGUCAUGAAAUAAAUUCUGUUUUGGAAAAUAUUUGGUGCACCUGUAAAUUUGUAUCAAGAUUGACCUAAAUCAAAUUUGAAAUCUGAAACAAAAGUGGAAGAAAGGUCGAUCAACAUCUACAUAAAUAAUGUACACUUGACGCUUGUUCAGUAAAAGGGAAAAUUGAGAGGGAAAUCAACAAACUUGAGGAAAUAGUGUAUUGAAUGAAUGAUGCAUCAGAUCAUUUCAGUCAUUCAAACAAAAAUUUGAAAGGCUGCGUGAAUAACUGAGGCAGUUGGGAAGCUUAAGGAAAAGUUAUGGGAGGUAUCACUUGACCAAGAUAAUCUUUUUCUUCAUCCAUUGAUACUUUUCUCUUUGCCCUUCCUUCUACCCUCAACUCCACCUUUUGUAUUUGCAUGUUUAUCCAUGAAUUUGUAUUCUGCUCUUUAAAAAAAGAAUUCAAGUUGUGGCAGUGUAUGCUCUCCACAGAUGCAGACUGCUACACGAUUUCUCCUUCUGAUGCCACCACAGGUUAUUGUUUUUACAUAAGAUUCAAAAAUUAAAGGUGCCAUUGCAAUUUGGACUUUUAUUACAAUACUUUCCAUACCUUUUUUUUCCUUUUAGACUGAUCCCAAAACUGCUUAUGUUCUUCACUUCUCUGUGAUAAAGUCUAUGGUGCUUUAACAAUGCUGGUCACAUGCUGGAAUACAUUAGAAUAUUGGGGGAUGGAGAAGAGAUGACAAGUCAGUGUAUCAUAAUCAGAUUUUCAUAUAAUAAAUAUGUCUUCACUCAGUGUUGUUCUGUCCUUGGUGCCCUCUCAUCAAUUUGUGCUUUUUACUAGCGUACCUGUUAUCUUUGCCCUCAAGUUGUGAUGCACUGGAAUUGGCACUUUCACUUUUCUGUCAAUGACAGGGACUCAUUAGCUUGACCUACAUUGUAGGCUUAGCUUGUCCAUCAAUUUCAUAUUGCUAUGAUAUGACGUAUGCAUCUAGCUCAUUCUUUUGGUUCUUCAAACAUACAACCGCCUGGAGUUGUUUCAGCACCGAAGACAGAGGUGUCAGUGAAUAGUACUUGUGUGUCUGCCCAGUCAUAUUUGUACCUACGAGAGUUGUUUCGGAACAAAAAAAAUCCUAAAACUAUACAGCUUUUUAAUGCAUGUUGUCUUCGAUCUAAAAUUAGAUAUUACCAUAUUUUUCAUUUGAAUCAAAUUCUAAGCAGAACAAAUAGGAGUGUUUUUCAUUUAAAUUCUGAACAGAGCCUGGCUCUCGGAUUACUAAUUAAAUUAAGUUACAAACUGUUGAAAGGAUUAUAAUUUGAUAUUUGAUUGCCUAUGAUGAAACAGUUUGAAAUGCAGAGCUUAUGUCUAGUUUGACUGCAGUUUUAUAGAGGGGGAUAAUGUCCUUCAUAGAAACAAGAAUCAAAACCAGGAGUAGUAAUUUGAGAUAUGCCUGCAUAAUAGGGCAUGGUUAGGAUUGGUGCCCUGAAGGCUCAGCAGUAAAUGGUAAGUGAUUGGGAAACAGAAUCUGAUGAGAGGAAUUGAUGGCCCUGAUCAAUUCUCAGCCACUAUUUCUCCUUCACCUCCACUCGCACUUACUGGAGCAGGAAAAUUGGCUCCUGUAAAUGCAGAGAGAAAAUAAGACCAUGAAAUGAUCUCCUCUCUGCCUACUAGGUCGAGGUCAAGCUUGAUGUGAAUAGAGUUCUGGAAAUUCCUAUUUGCUUCUGUCAGAAUAUUGAAGAAAAUUAUGCUAGUACGACAGCUGGUACUGAGAAAAUGGCCCUCUGUUGUAGACUUGAUGCAUUGUUCUGACCUACUAGGAAACUGUUAUUCAGCUGUGAAGUAAGGAGUUUAACCUAGUGAUAAAGAACAGGGUGGUAAGGUCGCUGGUGCACCACUUCCCUCCUUUUCCUCUUUAUCUGUUCUCAUUGCCAUCCCCCAUCCGGAGUGAAGUAAAUAUUAAACAAUAGAAUCCUCCUGGUUUCCAGACUUGGUAGGAUUGCUAUGAAUCAACUUUGUAGAUUGCAAAGGCAAAGGUAAGAAUAUGCUUUAGCCACUGAGACAUAAGAGACACUUUCUAGUUUCUGUUUGCAGGUUUUGUGGUUUGUGUCUGUAUUUUGUAGCAGGUGGGAGGAUAUUUAAACUAGGAGCGUUCAAAGUUACUACCUACAGUUUGCUCCCUUCCUUGCUUAGGUGAAAAUAGGACUGGAGGUAGUGGUUGCAUGUUUGCACAUCCCAUACUGUAACAUUCUUAUCUACUAAUGUAACUGAGUUUUAAAGACCCAAUACUUGUCUUCACAUCAGUGACAAUGUUACGUGCUCCCCUAUAGAAGUUAGUGACUUGGUAUGAUUCUGAAUGUUGCCUUUGCAAAAAGCAACAAAUAAAACUAUUAUUGAAAUGACUGCAUGUUGGAACACUGGCACUGAUGAUGUACAAAACACUGGUGUUUACUUUGCAAAUAUGAAAUGCCUUAUACAUCUAAUAAUGGUCUGACACUGGAGUGGCUCUCUCCACAAUGACAUAUCAAUCAAAAGAAAUAACUAGGAGUAUGAGUCUUGGAGCCUCAGCAUUCUAGAAAUCAUCAUUUUUAUUUUUCUCGUCUUUUUAAAGAAAUAAAUUUAUAAUUGAAGCUUGAGUUGUUUCUGGCUUUUUUUCAGGUAACACUGUAUUUGAUAGGAAUACAAGUACUCAGGAGCAUUUAACUGCAUUUAAUCCUCUAAUGAGAAAGACUUGCAAGUGGUCUUGGUGGCUAUCCUAUAUUUUGCCUUGCCCCUGCAUUCAGUUGGCACUAAAACUUUUUUCUUCUGCCCAUAGCAGCCUGUGCACUGGCUCAUCCUAAAUUUUAUAAUAAUGGCCUCUGAAACUAGUGAUGCACAGGACAUUUAAGUGAUCCUGAAAAGCAUGUUGUAAUAAAGAUUUAUUGUGCUAUCGAGGUGUAUUGGGGAACUACUGUCUUGAAAAUUCAAAUUAUUUAGCUUUAAUUGUAACAAUCAAGAGGAGAUUUAGUAAGAGGCCUUCAGAGUACAAAACAAGAACCGAUUGGAGUUAAGCAGCUUUGAUGAGUAAACUUUAUUCUGCAUCGUUUCUAGACUUGAUGGGUUGGGAUCCAAUCCUUCAGUAAAUACAGAAAUGUAUGAACAAUUUUUUUUUGUGGAAAAAUGCUAUGAUUCAUGGGGUCAUAAAUUUUUUUAAUGUGUUUUUUUGUACGUUUUCAUCUUAACUUGAAAUACCAAAGAAAAACUAAAAUCUUCAAGAAUUCAUUGGAUGAAUUUUUUUGUACAGUUUUAUAACUGGUAAUGUACCAACGGAACUAUUUAAUGUUUGAAGAAAUGGACCACUAAUUUUUGUAAAUGUUUUGUGUUCUAAAUGUAAACAGAUUAAUACAUUUUUAGAGUAUUUAAAUGCCACGAUUCAAUAAAAUAUUUAAGUGUUACUUAUGUUAUAUUGUUUGUGUUCGGAUACUUUGAAUGUGACUUGAGAUAUCUGUUCAGGUUACA